CCAGUCCGCUAGUUAAUUACACCGAGGUUGCAGCCUCCGCCCUGGGGCGUAAUCAUUACGCCGAAACCGUUUACUCCAGACGGAAAUCGCAAACGAGAGUUGCUAUUGGAUACAUUCAAAAAGAGCCCUCCCCAUUUCGUUUUGUUUUGCUUCAUUUUGAUUUAAAGAUGCACUAUGCAGAAAUCGCUCCGCCAUUUCCUGGUUGCUAAAAUUCUAAUACUUCGCCUAAUUUCAGUUUGUGACAACACAGUAUAGUGUUAACCACUGUGAAAUAUAUUUUCCUUGAUCAAAAAUAUUGUUUGUAGCUGGUGUACAAAAGUAAAAGAUGCAAAAACGAAACUUAAACAGAAAUAGCUCACACAGAACAGACCUACCUCUUGUUUUCAAGGAGCGUGACUGAUCAACGAGAAAGACAGAUCUAUAACCCAUGCCUUUGCAGUUGUAUGAAAACUGUUUUAUGUAUGAACUGGGAUACCAGUAUAUUGCCGGCUGCAUACAUUUCGUUUGGAUGGUUAAAUGAAACCAUCAAUAUGAGAAAUAUCUGGCUACAUUCUAAACUGAAGACUGAAGACUGAACUGAUUAUUGCUGGGGCAAAAGCGUCACCAAACUGGCUUCCGAGGACUGGGGUUCCCUGUCCCCGAAGAAGAGGCGAAGCGAGCGGGUUGACCCAGUUGACCUCUUUCAUGGAGAUACUGGCUAAGGAGGCUGUGGACAAAAUCUACCAGCUAUUCAACGAGUGCUCCUCUGUUCUGCAUCUGGAAGUGUCUCGGAAUCAAACUGAGAAUGAGGACUUGAAGAAGAGGCUAGACGCGGUUGAGACCGAACUGAGGACUGUUUUAGAAGGGAGUGGAGGACGAGAGAACACAUCAGCCAAUGGCUGCUGCAGUGAAGUCAAGGUCAUCCACCAGUUAAAAGGCACACAGCCAGGCUUUUGCGCUGGUGAUGCAGAAGUGAAACGCUCCCCCAUCCUCCACCUGUGGAAAGGGAGACUUCCCUCAACUGUAAACGAGCACUCCAACAUGGAGGACACGAUCGAGUCAGUUGUUAUCAAAGAAGAAGGGUUGGAAGAGUACCUGUACAACAGCACAUCAGACCCAAGUCAUUUUUUAGAGAGCCAGGCCCAGGAGGUGAGUGACCCAGAGAACCCUACAGCGGACCCAAAGGACAAAGGUGGCGACACAGGGCCAAAGCGUUUGAGAAAGCCAAAGAUCACAGGGGCUCGUCGGGCAAAGCCCAAAAAGGAGAACCACCUUAGCUGCAAGCACUGCAGGAAGACAUUCAGCAAACUGAUCCAGCUGAAAGCUCACCAGGCGAUCCAUGCAGCAGCGGAGAAACCUUUUAUCUGCCAGCAGUGCGGCAGAGGUUUUUCCUUUAAACGCAGUUUGGAUGCACACCAGCUGCUUCACACAGGAGAGAGACCGCACACAUGUGGCGAGUGUGGUAAAGCUUUCACCCUAAAGCAGCUACUCAAGAAUCACCAGAGACUCCAUGCAGGGUUGAGGCCGUUCCACUGUGACGAAUGUGGCAAGAGCUUUAACCGGGCCCACGGUCUCAAGAUGCACCAGAUCGUCCACACGGGAGAGAGGAAGUACAGGUGUGAGAUCUGCAAGAAGAGUUUCAGCAUACCAGGAAAUCUCCACAGGCACCAGCGUAUACACACCGGUGAGAAACCGUUCCGUUGCGAUACGUGCGGGAAAAGCUUCAACCAGGCAGACACUCUGAAAGGCCACCAGCGGAUCCACACAGGAGAGAGGCCAUUUACCUGUGAGACGUGCGGGAAAUGUUUCAUUCAAAGAAGUGCUCUGAAAAUGCACCAAAGAACCCACGCAGGAGAGAGCGCCUUCCUCUGUGUGGUGUGCGGGACAGUCCUGGCUUGCGUCAACUCCCUCAAGACACACCUUCAGACUCACACAGCAGAGAUGCCUUGUAUGUGCUCAGUGUGCGGUAGUAGUCUCAAUUCUCUCACUCACCUCAAAUCGCACCAGCAACUCCACACUAUGGAGAAGCCGCACAGCUGUGGCCUAUGCAACAAGAGCUUCAAGUCGGUCAGCUACCUGAACAUACACAUGAAAACUCACACUGGGGAGAGACCGUUCACCUGUGACGUGUGUGGAAGGAUGUUCACUCAACACAGCAGCCUGAAAACCCACCAGGCGGUCCAUACUGGGGAGAAACCUUUCAGCUGUGAAACGUGUGGGAAAUGUUUCAGCAACACUGGGAACCUCAACAGGCACCAGCGGAUACACACUGGAGAGAAGCCUUUUAGUUGUGACCUCUGUGGGAGGAGCUUCAACCAGGGCAACAGCCUCAAAGCCCACAAACAAAUCCACACAGGAGAGAAACUUUACAUGUGCGACAAAUGCGGGAAGAGUUUUUCCUACCUGAGGAAUCUGAAAGAUCACAAGUGUUACUAUAUCUAAACCCAAUAGGCAUAGCCUCGUAUUGCGAUGGACCACACUUGGUUUGAACAAUUGUCUCGGCAUUAAAAAUGCAUUUAUAGGUCAGUGAGUGGCAUACUUGACAUAUGAAGUGUACUGAUAAGAUUGGUUGUCAAAACAGCCCUAUUCAAAGUAUUUAAUUUUAAACAUGACUUGUUUUAGAAAUCAACUUUGAUUUUGAAAAAUGAAUAACCAGUUGCCUUUGUUGGGUAGAAGGACUUGGAUUGGCUGGUGGUCCAGUAGCUGUUCAAUGGAGCAGAGACUAAUUUAUUUGAGAAGGAUGUACAUCUGUAACCUUUCUUGUCUUGUGUACCUUUUAUUAUUGUUGUCUCAUUUGUGAGCCAAUGGUAAAUAAAACUCUUGAAAUUA